AAAUUUACUUGAUCAAGAAAUGAAUUAGUUAAUAAAUAAUAAAAAAAAUAUGGCAAAGAUAAAGAUUAAAACCUCUUCAAUGUACCAAAGGCUUACAGAGUAAGUUUACUAGCGUCACUCACUGGGUAUUGCUGGUAGUCCAUUGCAAACCGUUCAUUGAACGAGAAGCUAUUCUGAUGAGGAAAGGCUUCCGAUUCCAUCCAAGCAUGGAUUCUCUUACCAUGGUUUUAACCAUUUCCUUUAUCCACUUGUUUAUUCACUUCAGCUUUAUAUCCUUAGGAGUGGCAAGCUUUUUUGUUUCAAGCUUCCGGAAUAGCUAAGAAAACGUUUCAACUCAGAAUGGCUUAGAUUAAGUUAAUUAAUCUCGUCUUUUCACACAUUAUGUUGUCACCAAAGUCAACGGCCUGACUUGUUUUGUAUCAGGUCUAUGAGUGAAAAAAGCCACCAAAGCCAGAUCAGUCUUUCAUCUAAUGGUCAGAACUUACAAUCACAUGGUAAAUUUAAAUAAUGAAUAAUCCUGAUUGUUGGCUAUUUUAAACUGAAUUUGAUGUGUUUCAGGGUGAGACAUUUGACUAUUCAAAAAGCCCAUUCAGAAAAAAUGUAGGCAAGUUUUUAAUGAGGAAACUUAACCAUUAUUUUGGCAUUGUUUAGCUUUCAUCAGUGAUUGGGUUCAGUUUUCAAUUGAAUAAAUGUCGGUGUAAUAAACAUCAUUUUGGUGAAUAAAAAAGCGUUUAUAACAAAAAUCUGAGGGAGCAACUUUUCUGGUCCAAGUAAGAGGAAGAAAGAUGGAAGGAAAGAGAAAUUGGGAGCAGCUUUAAAUGGGAGAGAGAGAGUUGUGUAAGGUUUUUUUUCAUUUUGAACUCCCAAAACUGUCCUUAAGAAGUUUCUUUUAUUCUUUAAGAUCAUUCAAUGAUUAAGUAUCAUUCUCAUCGCUAUCAAUUCCAUCUUAGUCAUGUUCAAUCUUAUUCCAUGUGCAAGUCAUUCACAUCACUAUUAUCAUCUUAAUCAUCACCAAUAAUCAAAAUCAAAUUGUCAAGCUUACGGUGAAAGAAAAAGUGAAAAGCGUUUAGCUUUGAAAACAAACCCAAAGUCAUCAGUUCAACUUUAUAUUUUCUCUGUUCAUGUUGACUUCUCUGGAUUCAGUUAUGGUUCAUUGUUCGGUGUGUCAGUCAAAGUGUUCUCUUAAUUUGUUCAAUUGUUCAAAAUCUUAAUAAAUAACUUCUAAUUGAUACCAUUGUGGUCCAUCAAUCAGUGGAAAGUUUAAAUUGUGUAAAGCCUUUUCAUCUAUUUAUUUGGUUCUCCUAAAAAUCUACUCUUUCGAUGGUUUUUUACCUCCGUUGGAUUAAAUGAGAAACUCUAAUCAUCUCUGGUUUUGUGUUAAUCAAUUAUGCUACAAAAUUUUUAUCAACCAACAAUUUGUAUCAAUCACACUAAAAUAAAUUUCCUUCUGUUAACUAUUCUGAUUAUUUGGCCCUUUACCUCAGGAACCAUUCAAACAAAGCUGAAAGAUGGAAUCAACUGGGUUCAUCAAGCAAUGUCAGAAUCGGAAAGGCUGCUGUUUCUUGAUGGUAACAAUCAAGAUAAUGAUUACCAAAUUAUUGCCUCUUCAAGUAUUUCUGGACUUGAUCCAUUCAAAUCAAAUCGUAAAUUGGUUCGACGUGAUACAACUUCAUCUUUGGACAAUCAAUUUAAAUCAUCUCCUAAGUCAACCUCUGAAACAUCUGAUCACUUUGGAAAGCCUUCCAAGUUACCAGAUCAACUUGAGAUACAAUUUACUGUUUUCAAUGAAACAUUUAACCUCUCAUUGAAACGAAAUACUCACUUAAUUUCACCUCAUUUUACAAUUAAGGAACAAUUUGUUGAUAUCAAUAGUAAUAAUUUUAAUUAUAAUAGUAGUAAUAAUAAUAAAUUCAAUGAUCUCACCAUCCAAGAGGCCGAUUGCUUCUAUCAAGGAGUUUGUCUCAACCAUUCAAACAGUAGUGUUGCCUUAUCAUUGUGUGAUGGAUUGAGAGGAUUAAUUGAGACAAAUUCUGGUAUUUAUGUGAUAAACCCAGUUCCACCGGGAUUAGCUUCUCAUCCGAGAUUUAAUUUAUUUGAUACUCAAGCUCACAUAGUCGUUAAGAAAGGAGCUUUGGAUGAUUAUCAUUGUCCUCACUCAGGUAAAAGAGUCCCAAUUACACUGAAUUCAUUUACAAAUUACAACCCACCUUUAUCACCUCCAUCAACAUCACCUACACCAUCAAUAACCACCUCAUUUCAACAGUGGCCACUUUCAUCCUCCUAUUUAUCAUCCAACCAUACCAAUCGUAGUCGACGGUCAGCAAAGGACAAGAUUACUGGGAUAACAGUUGAAACUGCCGUUUUCAUUGAUGAAACAUUAUAUCAGUUGAUGCAAAAAACUUUUCCUGGUGACACUGAACACCAAGUAGUUACUUAUGUGUUAACCAUAAUGAACGCUGUUCAAUUGCUAUUUAGACAACCUUCACUCGGAAUGUCAGUUAAUAUCUCAAUUGUGUUACUUGACAUUCUUAAAACUCAACCAAAGGAUUUGAUCUCUUCAGAUAAUAUUGACACUUAUUUGACCAAUUUUUGUGUCUGGCAACACAAUAAAAGAACAAUUAAUAAUCAAAAUGGUGAAUCAAAGGCUCGAUGGGACCAUGCUUUAUUAUUAUCAGGGAUCAACAUGUAUGUAAUAGAUAACCAGGGACGGAAAAAGCGUCAUGUUGUUGGACUUGCCCCGGUAAGCGGAAUGUGUAACUCGCUUAAUAGCUGCACCAUUAGUGAAGGGACAAGCUUCCAAACUGUCCUGGUUGCCGGUCAUGAAAUGGGACACAGCUUAGGAAUGGAACAUGAUGGCAAUCAAGAUGGAAAUUCAUGUGAUCAUGACAAUUUCAUAAUGUCACCGACCCUUGGAGCUGGUAAAACAUCUUGGUCUUCAUGUAGUCGAGAUUAUCUUGAAAAAUUUGUAUCCCAGCCUCAAGCUUCAUGUGUGUUAACACCAACCUCAAGUGUCAAUAUAUUGAGCUCAUUUAAUCCCGAGUCAAGUAAAUUACCAGGACAGUUAUUUGAUGCCAAUCAACAAUGUGUUUUACGAUUUGGUUCGGACAGUAGACGAUCUCAUGUUCAACCCGAAUCUGAUGUUUGUCGUUUACUUCGCUGUGAUACUGGAACAGCUCGGAAUAUUGCUGCUUAUCAUGCUCAUCCAGCUCUGGAAGGAACCCGUUGUGGUGAAGAUAAGUGGUGUCGUGAAGGGAAAUGUGUAGUUAAAUCAAAUUUAAUUGAAACGGCUGAAAGUAAAAUAAUAAUUAGCUCAAAUGUGGUUACAAUUCCUGGUCCAGAAACACUUCAAGAUGAACCUAAAAAACAACUUUGGAGUGAUUGGUCAACUUUUACACAAUGCACAUCAGAUUGUGUAGUUAAAGGUCAUUUAAAGCCAAUAGGUGUUAUGGUUUCAGUGAGAACUUGUAAUACACCUUCGCUAUCAGCAUCAAAAUCACUAAAUUCAUCCGAAACAAUGACAUCAACAAUAGCCACAACAACGGCAAGCACGAUGACAACUUCAUCUUUGCAAAAGUCUAAUGACACAACAAUGUGUUUAGGGGUUGACAGGAGACUCAAAAUCUGUGAUGCAUCACUUCAAUGUCGAUCGAUGCCCCACAAAAUAAUUGAAAUUGAAAAUUACGUUCAAGAAAUUUGUAAAGCGGCCUCUUUACGAGAUCCUAUGGUUAAACCAUUAGGAACUCAAUAUCCUGGUUAUGGAUAUACACACUCUUGUUACGUAUGGUGUCAUAAAAGAGGAGGAGGACUAAUAACUCAUGGAUGGAAAGUGCCUGAUGGUACUCCUUGUGGAGUCACUGAAUCUUCAUUAACUAAUCAAUUCUGUUUCAAUGGUGAAUGUAAAUCGUUUGAUUGUGCGGGUAAAAGUUUAGAGUCACCAGAAGAUGAGCCAUGUCCUAAGAUAUCAGUCGAUAAUACAAACAAAGUUGAAACUAUUGAUCUCUGGAAUACAUAUUCGGGUCCUUGGAUUCCAACCAGUAGCUGCCGUUAUCCAUGUCUAUCAGGCAGUCGAGGGUUAAGAUUGGUUACUAAAGAAUGUAGUCCUUUUGGAUUUUGCCAUAAAAAGAAGGAUUCAUUCCAACUGUGUUCCAGCUCUGAUAUAGCUUGUCCAAAGAGAAGUAUUAAAUCGGUUGAUAAAUAUGCUGAUGAUUUGUGUUCAAAGUACAAGAUUAAAUAUCCAACUCUAUUGAGCGGAAGAGGUCGACAACUACCUCCUCGACCAGACAACCCUCAUUCAAGUUGUGUUAUUGCCUGCCAAGAUCGGGUUUGGAAAGAUAUGCACUACCAAAUGGACGCCUUUGAUGAUGGCAAGUUUCCUCUGGGCACUAAAUGUUCAUUGGGUGUCAAUGCCGGUAAAAAGGCUUAUUGUGUCAACGGUCAGUGUGUUCUGUUCGACGAAAAUGAUUUGCCCUUAGUUGAAGGAGAGUCUAAAUUGGAGAAUAUUAAAUUACUGUUUGGGAGAAAACAUCAAUUUUUAAACCGUCACCGGCGAUCAGUUGUUUCAACCAACAUCUCACUAAAGAAUAAAACCGACACGGAAAAAAGGAAACCCGAAAAACAAGCAGUUGAUCAUUUCAAUGGUGGAAUCAAUAGUGAGAUAAAUAGUGGUCAAUGGUUUACUCAGCACGAACAAAAGAAGAGUGAAAAUCUGAAAAACCUUCAACAGUCAAGAAAGAUUGAAAUUACUCCCUUGACCAUGAAUAAUACUAAUGCAAUCUUUUCUUGGGGUAUUUCUUUGUCUGCUUGUUCUAAUCCGUGUGGCGGUGGCUAUCGAACAUUUGAUAUCUAUUGUCACAAUGGAGAUCAAAUUGUUCCAGAUUCUUUUUGUAAUUCGAUGGAUCAACCUAAGAUUAAUAGAACCGAAUCUUGUAAUAAUCAUCUUUGUGUUGGAAUAUGGCGAGCUGAAAAUUGGAGCCAAUGUUCAUCAUCCUGUGGCAAUGGAUACCAAACUCGUGCAGUUGUUUGUAUUCAAAAAGUGGUCGAUGGAAUCGAUACAAUUUACUCUCUCAUUUCUCAUGAUCAUUGUUCACCGAAAACUAGACCAAAAUCAUUGAGAAUCUGUAAUUUACCUCCCUGUUAAUAAAAGUUGAAUGGGAAAGGUAUUAAUAAAUCAAUGAUUAAAGUACUACAUGUUAAAUAA